UCUUUCUGACUCAUCUCUCUAGCUUACUCCAUAAAUAUGCACAAUAAAGAAACUAAACCACCCAUAUUUGGAAAAAAGGCUUGCUUAGUCUGCAAAAUCUCAUGGCAGAACCAAGUUUCUUCGUUGGAGUGAUAGGUAACAUCAUUUCAAUUCUCAUGUUUCUUUCUCCUGUACCUACGUUUUGGAAAAUAAAGAAGCACAGAUCCACCGAAGAUUUCUCGAGCCUUCCAUACAUUUGCACUUUGCUUAAUUGCUCCCUGUGGACUUACUAUGGAAUCAUAAAGGCUGGAGAAUACCUCGUGGCCACUGUUAAUGGCUUUGGCAUCGUGGUGGAGACAAUCUACAUUAUUCUAUUUCUCAUAUAUGCACCAAAAGGGGUCAGGGCUAAGGCUUGCAUUCUGGCUUUGCUUUUGGAUGUGGGAAUCUUGGCAGCAGCAAUAGUUAUUACUCAAAUAGCAUUGCACGGAGAGGCUCGUAGUGGUGCUGUUGGUAUCAUGGGUGCAGGCUUGAACAUCGUUAUGUAUUCUUCACCUCUUUCUGUCAUGAAAACAGUGGUGACGACUAAAAGCGUGAAAUAUAUGCCAUUCUUCCUUUCCUUUUUCUUCUUUCUAAACGGUGGCGUUUGGUUGUUGUACGCUAUUCUUGUUCGUGAUGUUAUUCUCGGGGUACCAAAUGGCACUGGAUUUUUUCUGGGAGCAAUGCAAUUAGGGCUAUACGCAAUAUACAGAGAUGGAUCAAAACGAGUUUCAAAUAACAGGUUGGAAGAAGGAUUGCAACAUGAGCCUCUCAUGUCACAGUCAAAUAAUGAGUCACAUCAGAAGGAAGAAGAGAGGCCCAUCUAGUUGUAAAGCUAUGCAGACGCUCCACCAUUAGUUCACCUCUUUUGCCGAUUAUUAAUUGCUUGAUAUUUUCACAAUAUAGCAAAAAUAUUAAGGAAAAUUAAAUGUUCAAUUACUUGGUUAGUUAAUCCAAUAAGAGUGUGUUUCAGCUUUCAAAUAUUCUUCAUAAAUGUUAUUGAUUUUCAAACCUGUAAAAAAUAUGGAGAUCAUCUGUUGUACGUUUAUUACAAGAAAAGUGGCAUGUACCUCGUACACUUUUACUUAUAGAAAUAAUAUGUGAAAUCUAAAAAUACUUUUA